AUGAAAGUGGUUGACGCUUUCCGUAUGGGACUGGGUCCUCGUAUCGAUCCGGAACAGAGAAAGAGUAUCAGCUCGUUAGUGCUUCGACAUAGCCAAAACGCGAAUAUCGAAUUUGCGGAUGCCGAUGCUCCGGACGUCUGA